CGUUGGAUUAAAUAAGGAGAUGAGAGACGAAACACACAGUGAGCAGGAUUAUGUUACUGCCGUGUAAGAGUGGUCAUCUUGGUUACAGUGUUAAUUAGUUCUUGGAAGGCGUGCGGGGACGAAACAUACAGGCUGGUGUUAUAGCCGGCAUAUUCGGAUACUUCACAGGCAGCUCAAAGGUAUUUGCGAACGGCAUUGGAGUGCGUCCUGUAGCUUAAUAAUUCAUACAUAUUUCUGCGUGAUGAAAACGGAUGCGCUGUGAUCUGAGCUGUGACAAGCAAAUAUAUGUCGCUGCUUAAAAGGAUUUAAGUGAAACAGUCCCGUUAGUGAAUCUUCUUUUCCGAAAUAUCAAAAUAUUCCCCGCUGCGUUCGAAAAAUCGACCAACAUUCAAUAUUCAGAGGUGCUUCUACCAGACUGGUUGUAACACCAUUUCAAGACAGGAAGUGACCAAACUGUCGUCUGCUUUAGGAAUUUAUGUCUCAUUUGGAUCUAAUUUUGAAUGACGUUUGAUUCAGAACAGCUGAAGAGCAACCCUCAUAGAGAAUGAGUGCCAAACAGACACCUACGUGGGAACAGUACAUCGGCGCACUUCUCGAGAAGGGCUACGUCGCCCGAGCCGCCAUUUGUCGCAUAAAGGACGGCAAGAGAUGGGCGGCAAGUCCACGAUUUGACGUCACUGCGGCGGAAGUGAUGGCUAUAGCAGCAGGGUUCGAAGACGGGGGUGCCAAACUGAGAGAGACGGGGCUCUGUGUGGGCUACACCCAGUACACCCUGACCAGAGUCAACACUACCAUGAUGGUGGGACGGUGUGCAGCCACAGGGUCGGGGUGCGUCAUCUACAGAUGCGGAUCCUGCUUUGUGAUAGGUGUGUAUGAGGACUCUGCUUGUGCUGGAGGGUGCUUCAACAUCAUCACACGGAUGGGCGACUUCUUGCGCUACGACGGCUACUAGACACGGGUGUUUCUCUAUGGAGAUUUGUACAUACCCUGUUGUACAGUGUUUCAAUGAUAUAGCGUUAUGUCAUUUUUUUGGUGACGGUUUAAGACUUAAUGCAUCCCCUUCUUCUUCAGAUAGUUAUUACAUGGUGUGAAUAUUGUUGUUUUUAUGAAAAUGAAACCAGCAUUUGAGUACAGGUAGACUGGUUCUGGGCCUUUGCUCUUUAUCUCAGUUAAGAAGCAUAUAGCGUUAAUGUUUCCACGGAUAUGACAGUGUUACAGAAAGAUCCAAGUGUCCUUCUUUCGAAAACAUUUCCAAUCGGAACAGUUUGUUCGGGUCGACCAUCCAUCCACGUCAACGUCUCUGCAGCACAGUGCCAACUAAACCGAGACUAUCCCAAGCAACAAGACAUGAAGAUGACUGUAACACAUUCGCAUCCCGCCAACCACCCCGUACUUUUCAGUCUGUACGAAUGGACACAGAGAAUAAUAAUGUACCAUGCCGAACAGUAUUAAAAGUUCUGA